AUGAACAAAGCAUAUGAUAGAGUAGAAUGGGAUUUCGUGGACGCUGUGAUGUUGAAGAUGGGUUUUUCUAAGCUGUGGGUUAAGUGGCUUAUGAAGUGCAUCUCUUCUGUGAGAUUUAAUCUAUUGGUUUCUGGCAGGAAUGUGGAUUGUUUUGAACCAAAAAGGGGUGUAAGACAAGGUGAUCCACUUUCACCUUAUCUUUUUAUAGUUGCUGUUGAAGAAUUGUCCUUAAUGGUUCAAUAUCAUGUUGUGAGGAAGGAUUUGAAAGGGGUAAAGUUGGCUCAGAAUGCUCCUAUGGUUUUUCAUUGUCUCUUUGCAGAUGAUACUUUGUUCUUUAUGAAUGGUAGUAGAGAGAAUUGCUUGCAUGUUAGAGAUGAAAUGGAAGAGGUGCUUGGUAUUAAUUCUAAAGAUCAACCAGGGAAAUAUCUUGGUCUACCAGUAAUACUUGGUAGAUCAAAAGCAAGUGCCUCAAUUUUUGUUAGAGAUAAGAUUGGUCAAAAACUACAAGAGUGGAAGCAAAAGAUGCUUACUUUUGCUAAUGAAGAGAUAUUGAUAAAAACAAUAGCAAAUGCAAUACCUACUUAUCCUAUGUCUUGCUUUUCAUUUCCUUUGAAAGCUUGUAAAGAGAUAGAUAGGUUGGUUUCAAUUUUUUGGUGGGAAGGGGGAGAAGGAGGUGGUGGUUUGCAUUGGAAAAGGUGGGAUGCUAUCACUGAGUCCAAAUCUGAUGGGGGAAUGGGAUUCAGAGAUUUGAAAUGUUUUAACAGGGCUUUGCUUACAAAAUCAGCUUGGAGGUUAAUUCAAAAUCCUGAUGAUCUUUGGUGCAGAAUUUUGAAAGGUAAAUACUUCCCUAAUUGUGAUUUUUUGCAAGCUAAAAAAGAUGGUCGUGCUUCUUGGUGUUGGUCUAGCCUCCUUGAAGGAAGGGAUUUGCUAUUGAAGGGGAUUUGUUGGAAGGUGGGGAAUGGUCUAAGUGUGAGAGUUUGGGAUAGUUGCAAGAUUCUUGAUCUUCCAGGCCAUAAAUUGCAAGCUGUUCCUAGAAAUGAUGCUCAGAAGAAGUUGUUGGAUGGAAUCUAUACUGUGAAAUCUGGUUACAAAAUGGACAGGAAGAAGGGGGAUGUGAGAAUGCUGAGUAAGCCUAGCACUUCUUUUCUAAUUUCUAGGAAGAUAUGGUCUGGUUUAUGGAAGAUUAAUGUUGCUCCGAAAAUUCAACAUUUUUUAUGGAGAAUGAUUAGUGGGGUUGUGGCUGUUAAAGUUGCUCUUUUUAGAAGGAAAUGUUCUAGGGAUUCUAUAUGCCCUGUCUGUGGUGAGCAUGAUGAGACUUUAGAGCAUUUAUUGUUUUUAUGCCCUUGGACUACUAAAUGUUGGUUUGGUUGUUGUCUUGGUUUACGGUUUAGUGACAAGGGAGUGAUAAGGGUUGAACAAUGGAGGAUUGCUGGUGUAAGUGGGAUCUGUAGGGAUGAGUUUGGCAAUGCUGUUGGAUGUUUUGGGAGGUCUGUGGAUGCUGUUUCACCUUUUAUGACUAAAGGAUUGGCAUUGAAAGAGGCUAUGGAGGCUAUGGAGUUGAGUUUCAGAUUUGAUGCAACCCAUAUCUGCUUUGAGUUGGAUUGUGAAGAUUUAUUUAGAAGAGUUAUGAAGGACUCUAUUGCUGGUUGUGAAUGGCAAUGUGUGGAUUUAUUAAAGGAGAUUAUCUGUCAUAAACAUUCUUUGCAAAACAUUUCAUUCUCUCUGGUGGCAAGACAAGGAAAUGAAGCUGUUGAUGUUCUUGCAGCUCUUGGUGCAAACGGGAUGAUGAAGCCUGGUUGGCUUUGUGAUAUUCCAUCCUCUGUUGUUGCUGUGUUAUGCAAGGAUGUUGAUGCCAUUUUAUCUCAGGACAGUGAUGCUCAAUGUUUUGAUAAGGAGGGAGGGAAGGAAGAUGCUGGGCUUCGUCGGACUUGGAACCUUGAGAGCUGUCGACGUUAA